CUGUCUGUUUGGGAGAGCCAUUGUUUUAGCCGCAAGCAAUUUUUACUUUAAAGUUUACCGCUUUAAAAUAGCUACUUAUUGAAGUUUAUUUUCAAGACAUUUUAAAGUUGACAAGUGAUCUGACAGCUUUGUCACUAAUUAUAACUAAAGGUAGAUUUCGGUCAAAUUGGGAUCAACUUAUAUUUGGGCAAAUAGCCCAGAUCUAUUGAAAUCGCAUUGUGUUGGCACUUUUCAUGCAUAGUCUAUUCAUGAAAUUAAUUAUCUUGAGUUUGAGGGAUGUUUAAUAAUUUCAGGCUAGCCUACACCACCAACUGCACAUCUAUAGGCCUAAUUUGUGUUGGUUGAAUGAUUGGCUCGGUAAUUGAUUGGCGCCAUAAUUUCAUUAUUCAUUACAUUACCAUAUUUCACGUGCAUUAGCGAGAAAUUAUAUUCCAUAAUAUUGUGAAUGGAGUGCACCUCACAUGGGCACAUAGAAUAAAUGUGCCGUGCAUCCAUGUGUUUCUACACGGGAGCCAUGCAUUUGUGGCCAUCGGGAAGGAUUUAUAGCCUAAUCGUGAUGAAUCCCCGUGGUGGCACGCGCAGGUCUUCGUAAUUAUGGCAGUCGUUCUAACCGAGAGGGGAGAGAGAAAAAAAACACCCUGAUAGGAGGCAUUUUAUCUUCAUCACUGGACCGCUCAAUUCCAAUUAAUUUGACAAGAUUUCCCUCACGCGAAGCGCAAAUCCCUAUUAAAAGACGCAUACUGUAAAUGACAACCCUCUAAACGCUUCGCGUGUCCGAAUGAAAUGGAAGAGGAGAGAAAGGGAACGACAAAAGGUUAAGACGCAGCUUCCCGGAGUUAUUUCCCGGCAGAGCGCCCUAAGCCACAGUCAUUGGCCCUAAGCCAGCCCCCUCCCGAGUGCUCCUAGUGUUUCUAUAGUAAUUUCUAACCAAUGAUCAGUAGGUGUCCACAUCCUAGCUUCCUCACCUCAGCACCAAUCAGCCACACACAGCGACAGGAGACAGCACGGCGCUAACACUAGGCAGCCACACACAAAACACCUCGGACCAAGCAGAGGAAACACCUACAACGCACCGUUAUUUCCACCCUACAGCGCCGUGGUUUUAUAAUAAUAAACCGUUUUUUUUCUUCUAAAAAGCUCGAUAAGCUAUCGCUUUAAGUUUGCUAUUUUUUGUACUUUUUUUCUCAAGCCAGGAAAAUAAGUCUGUAAACAUGCUCCUUUUGUUUUGAGCGCUCUUUUUCAGUGUGGCUGUGCUCUUCCCACAUCCUCGCGUUAUUUUUUAUCUCCAUCGCGCCUUGCGGUAAUGUGCCGCUCUGUGUUGGCAGCAGACUGCUAGGCGUCUGGAAUCUCUUCUCGCCAGGAACCUGGUAGUGCUGGAGGAGACAGAAGCAGGAUGGUAACAUAUUGUUGGUGGUAACCAGCAGCUUCUAGUUUGACGAAGGCCACCGUUGACGGCGACCCCGGACUCUUCCCCAGUGAACCCUGCUCAACCGCCCCCCAGCCAUGUCUAAUAUAAACAAUGCUCUCUGCAUUGAGAACGGACAGAACGCAGACGUGUCUCUCUUACAAAAGGAUAACCUUCAGAACCUGCAGAACCUGCAGAACUUGCAGAACCUCCAGGAUGGUGGAUUAAGCCAACUUUUGGAUUAUAACGCCGAGAUGGAACGGUACCGCUCUUUCGCAAACUUUUACAAAACCAACGGCGCGUUCGGCCAGACGGCCAAGAUCGCCCGCAUCACGACCCCCAUUUUCCCCAGUGCCCGGAUAGGCAUGUCCCCGUGGAACUGCGAUAACGCCAUGCUCUGGGGGAGGAAAUCGGCCACAAUAAACCCUAAUAGGACCAGCAUGCACAGGAAUGACUCCCAGAGGCCGGGGAAGCAUGGCGUGCCGCCAGAAACGCUACAGCAAAUGGCAAAUAAUAAUUUCCUCUCUACCUUAUCCCCCGAACACUGCAGACCUUUAGCGGGAGAAUGCAUGAACAAGCUGAAAUGCGGCGCCGGCGAAGCAGAGAUAAUGAAUCUCCAGGAACGUGUCGGAACUUUUUCCGCCAUUCCGGCUUUAGGGGGCAUCUCAUUACCUCCCGGGGUCAUCGUCAUGACAGCCCUUCACUCCCCCGCAGCCUCGGCAGCCGUUACAGACAGUGCGUUUCAAAUUGCCAAUCUGGCAGACUGCCCACAGAAUAAUUCCUCGGCGUCCGGCGGGAACCCGGCGAAGAAGAAAAGGAAGCGGUGCGGGGUGUGUGCGCCCUGCCGGCGGCUAAUCAACUGCGGCGUGUGCAGCAGUUGUCGGAACCGUAAGACGGGCCACCAGAUCUGCAAGUUCAGGAAAUGUGAGGAGCUGAAAAAGAAACCCGGCUCGUCGCUGGAGGUAGGUCCGUGUUUUCCUAGACUGGUCCCUGAUCUGUUGACAAAGACCUUAGGCGUUGGCUAUACAGCCUGGGACCAGAGGACACCAGUCAACAAUGGCGAGGCAUUCCGGUGGUUCUUUUAGAGCGCCCGACCUUAGUGACAUCAACACGCGGUCAGAGGUCCAGUUAGAACUCUGAUGACAUCACUGCAGGAAGCACUGGGGGUUCAGAGAACCCAAACAACCUCCCAGUUUUUAAACCAGGAGGCAGAAACUCUAAAAAGAUGAAACGAUAAACAUUAUGGUGUUGGUUUAACUCUGUAAUUUCCUUUCCUGUGUAAUUAUUGUACCUUUUGACAGUAUCAUAAUGUCUAUUUUCGGUGUAUAUGAAUGUGUUUCCGUGUCGUUUGGCUGUAAAGUUUACAGUCAAUCUUAUGUAAAGGACUCAAUGGACAAUCAUCACCAAUACGUCAACAACAAAGAUGGCCGCUGCUGGGAUUGAUCAUGUGAUCGUCACACACAACCCCUGAGCAAUAAUCUUUAAAGUUGAUUAUUCUGCUUGUGUUUUCCCUUUAUUUCCAUUUUCAAAUUAUUAUAUCGAAGCUGAAUUAUUUUUUAUAAAAUGUGUCAUUUUUGUUUAAUGCUUGCAUUCCCUGUUUGUGUGUGCGAGCGCCUCUGACUGAGAGAAACUAUAAGGUCCUCCUUGGUAAAUGUCAUGUAUCAUAUAAGUGACGCACCAUGCCAGAGAGAACGGCAUUAUUAUUUAGAUGCUUUCAUUUGGGCUUUCUUUCAGUUUUUGUCCAGCACGUUACCGAAACAGGGCAUAUUGUCUUGUGUAGCGAGUUGUACUUUAUUGGAAAACAAAAAGGAGCAUCGUUGUGUUAGUUACUGCACAAAGGGGUGGUUACGAGCCAGACUGCGUUUCUCUUCGGUUUUGAUACGCUUCAAAGAUGGUGUUAUGAUUGGCUAUUUCAUGUAACUGUCUUGCCACCUCCUGACCAUCUUCUGGUUUUUGUUUGAAAUACAAAGGUCAUCUUAUAGGUAACACUAUACUUAAAUCCUGCAGGUAUAAUGCCUCAUUACUUAUAUCCUGCAGGCAUAAUGCUUCAUUACUUGUUUAUAAGCAGGUAUAAUGCUUCAUUACUUGUUAUUAGCAGGUGUAAUGCUUCAUUACUUGUUAUUAGCAGGUAUAAUGCUUUAUUGCUUGUUUAUAAGCAGGUAUAAUGCUUCAUUACUUGUUUAUAAGCAGGUAUAAUGCUUUAUUGCUUGUUUAUAAGCAGGUAUAAUGCUUCAUUACUUGUUUAUAAGCAGGUAUAAUGCUUCAUUACUUGUUAUUA